AUGAGCAAUAUUACCUUGCCCAUCCGCUCGUCGCCGAGCCGGAGGAACCAGGACAGCAGGAACUACUUCACCAAUUACACUCCGCCCUCCUCCACCGAGGCCAUCAAUGGCCCGGUCCGGGAACCCAUCCGGGAGCUGAUGCCCGCCGCGGAUCGGCUGAUUGUGGGCGUGGACUUUGGUACAACUUUCUCUGGUGUGGCCGCCGUCUACACAUCAACCCCAGACGACAUCGAGAUCAUCAAGACAUGGCCUGGCGGCAACGGUAUCACAUCUGACAAGGUGCCCACCGAGAUAACGUAUGACCUGGCCGGGGACGCGCCCACCGGCACCGAGCCCACUGUGAAAUGGGGCUUCCAGUUCAAGCCGGAGGAGUCGCGGCUGCGAUGCAUCAAGCUCUUCCUCGACCGCUCGCAGAAGCUCCCCUUCUACGUCAGCCCCCUGGAGACGGCGGCGCAGCUGAAGCGCUACAACAAGACGGUCGUCGACGCCGUGAGCGACUACCUCACGCAGAUCUACAAGCACACCAUGGACACCCUCACGAGGAGGUACGGAGAGUCGUUCAUGGCGUCCACGAAGGUGGACUUUGUCCUGACCUGCCCGGCGGUGUGGUCUGAUGCGGCGAAGAACACGACGCUGCAGGCUGCCGAGAGGGCAGGCAUGGGCGCCAAGUCUUCGAUACAGAUGAUCAGCGAGCCUGAAGCCGCGGCUGUGUACACACUAAAAGCGAUUCAGCCAAACCAUCUCAACGUGGGCGACAACUUCAUCGUCUGUGACGGCGGUGGUGGCACAGUUGACUUGAUCGCAUACAAGAUUAUAUCCCUAAAACCGCUCCGUGUCGAGGAGUCAGCGGUCGGAACCGGUGGCCUGUGUGGAAGUGCGUUCUUGAACUAUCGGUUCGAGGAGCAUGUGAAGAAUCGGCUUGGUCAGAGUAGGUUCGAUGAGAUGAAGGUCAAGAAAGGUAAGACAUGGCAGAUGGGCCUGCGCUACUUUGAAGAGUUUGUGAAGAGGAACUUCAACGAAGACGAGCAUCAGGAGGUCAACAUCCCCUUUCCCGGCUUGCCUGACGACGAGGAAAUUGGCUUAGACUCUGGCUUCCUGGUCAUGAGCGCUACGCAAGUAAAAGACAUCUUCGAGCCCGUAGUGAAGGAGGUCUGCGACCUCGUGCAAGGCCAGGUCGAUAGUCUUAGAGCCAAGGGCGGUAUCGUUUCGGGGAUAAUCCUCGUCGGAGGCUUUGGUCAGAGCGACUACCUGUACCGGAGGUUAAAAUCACAUUUCACAAGUGCAGCGCCUCCUCCUUAUAGUGAGAGACCGACACACGCGAGCGCGACAGCGCUCAACGAGAUGGGCUCCAUAGAGGUGAUGCAGCCCGUCUAUGCCUGGACGGCCGUCGUGCGCGGCGCGGUGCUUCGCGGGCUGGAGGGCAACAUGGUCAUCUCGCGGAAGGCGAGAAUGCACUACGGCACAUCGUACGCGACCGUGUUUGACGAGGAGAAGCACUCGGUCAGCGAGAGGUACUGGUCUCCGCUGUGGGAGAGGUGGAUGGUUUCGGACCGGAUGCAGUGGCACAUUGCCAAGGGAGAGGCUAUAUCGCCCUUGUCUCCCAUCGCGUUUCACUACACGCGGAAUUUCCGUCCCGGACAGUCUCUCAUAGUGACUGACGACCUGAUUGCCUGUGAGGCCGACGAGCCUCCACAAGCGUAUACGAGAGACCUCGUCCACGUAUGUACGCUUACCACGGAUCUCAACGCUGUUCCGAGAAGCCUGUUCACACGCCUUACAACGACGAGGGGAGUCGAGUUUGAUAACCUCGAUUUCACUCUUGAGAUGAUUGUCGAUAGUGCGGGUCUAGGUUUUGAGUUAAAGGUUGACGGGGUUAGGUACGGUCGGGUUGAGGCCGAUUUCAGUUAA